CUCUUCGAUCGCCAAUCUAUGCACCACCACCAUGAGCUCUUCUUCUAAAGCGAGGGCCGAGCAGGCGAAAGCGCGGGCUGAAGAGAAGUUCCGGCGGAGGGACGUGGCGGGGGCGCGAGCGGCCGCCCUCGACGCCAAGUCCCUCUUCCCCGGCCUCCCCGGCCUCGCCCCGGCCCUCGCGGCGUACCAAGUCCACUUCUCCGCCGCCACGAGACGCCUCCCGACCGGCGCCGUCGACUGGCACGCCGUCCUCGACGUCCCGCGCAACGCGGCGGCCGACGCUGUCAAGCGGCAGUUCAAACGCCUGUGCCUGCUCACCCACCCCGACAAGAAUGCCUCCGCCGCGGCCGACGGCGCUUUCAAGCUCGUCGUGGAGGCUUACGAGAACGUCUCGGCCGCUUUCGCGCGCGCACCGCCUGCUACCACCGGCAGUAGACAACGAGGCGCGGCUGGAGAACAGUCAGGACCUGGGGUUUCAGGUUUUCAUUCUUACCCCACCGGCAGCAGACCCGGCACUUCGGCUUCUGCUUCUUCUUCUUUCUCCGGUCGCCGACCGGGCCCUAAUUUUUCGGGUUUUUCUUCCUUCCCUACCGGCAGCAGACCACAGCCAUCGACUUCGGCUUCAGAUUCUUCUGGCAGCACUUCGACUGCCGCCCCCACUGCCACCGCAGCGGAUGAUGACAGCAAAAUUCCCGCGAGGGUCGUUGAAAUCGCAUUGACCUGCCCGUAUUGCGGCUCCGGAAGCGUGCGCGUGGCCGUGAAUGGCGACCGCGUGACCGCCACAGUACCCUGCCAGAGAUGCUCCAGAUACUUCGCCAUCCCGGAGAAACAACGAAGAUGA